CUCUGAUCCGUAACUCCCCUCGGAGAUGGCGGCGCUGUGGGUGUCCGGCGUUACCCGAAGAGGCGUCGCGUGGAUAGUCUCAGGGGCGCCGCGCAGAGAAUUUUGGUCUCGAUUCAGAAAAGAGAAGCCAGUUGUGGCUGAGAUAGAAGAGGUGAAGGAAGAACCUAUACUGGUGUGUCCACCCUUACGAAGCCGAACAUACGUACCACCUGAAGAUCUCCAGAGUCGUUUGGAAUCUCACGUCAAAGAAAUUUUUGGCUCAUCUGUUAAAAGCAAUUGGCUGGACGUCUCCCUGGAUGAUGGUCGUCUGAAGUUCAGUUUCUUGGCACGUUUAGCUGAUGACUUGGGCCAUGCGGUGCCUAACUCCAGGCUUUACCAGAUGUGCAGGGUCAGGGAUGUUCUUGAUUUCUAUAAUGUGCCUGUUCAGGAUAGAUCUAAAUUUGAUGAACUUAUGGCCAGUAAUUUGCCUCCCAAUUUGAAAAUCACUUGGGGUUACUGAGCAAUUCAGAAGAGGAGCACGUUGAAGCCAUUUGUUUCCCUCUGAGCAAGGAGGCUUGUCAGACCUUUUGAUACUUUACUGUGUGAAAUGCUAUCAGACUGUUCUCAAAACCCACUAUUUCUCUGGGAGAAUGCAUUGUCUCUUUUUGUUCCCUCAUAUCAUGAAUUGACAAUAGGAUUUUCUUUUUUCACAUUUGCUGAAACUUUUUUGUUUUUUUAAUGGAAUCAGGUCAUUAAUAUUUUAUGAAAAUUUUCUUCUCUGGAAAACAUUGUAGUUAACUUGGAUUUAAGAUAUGAAGCCAUUACGUGUUCAGACGUGGUCUCUAUUCUUCAUAGGCAUAGAAGAGUAGAUGCAAGAAAAAGUUUUAAUCUUGUUAGGACUCUUAAAUCUAAGAUGGUAUUAUAUAUAGUACGUAUACAAAUAAGGAAACUUAGAUGAGAUAUUUUAAAAGAAACAUAAAAAUCUAUAUUGUGUGUUAUAGAAAGUUGUUUCACUGUUGGCUUUACCCCCAAGUAAAAAUAGUAGAAAACGGUACUGUUCAUUCUGGAUGAAUCUCUUUCAGAAUUAAAGUAGAUUUCUUGAAUGUGUGUUGUGUGUUUUCAUUUUUUUAACGAUGGAAUCUGCUUUUCUGCCUUGUCAUUUCCUGAAUUUAAAUAUUAUAAAUGAAAAAAUUAGAAUAUUUGCCAACUAUUAAGUGCUGACUUUUAUUUUAAAUAAGAGAUAUACCAGAUUCUAUAUCUAAAUGAAUAUUCUUUUCAAAGGAGAUGGUGUUUAUUUCAAACCAUUUAUCUUUUCUGUAAUUUUUAAAAGUGGCCUUGAGGACCUAUGAGUAUCCACUAGGGUGGUAAGUCUUUGCAGACUUUGGUCUACUUAAUUUGUGGAAAUUACUCAAAUAUCAAGUUACCAGAUGGUUUUAAAUGACAAAAUGAUUAAAUGAGGAAGUGAUUAAAUUAGAGAUUGUUUUUUAUCAGAUUUUAGAUACGGCUACAGAGUAAUGAGACA